AUGGGCGCUAACAAACGCUCGUCCUUCCAACUUACUCGAUGAGUGAAAACGAUCCUCCUGGGAAGAAGCGCUGGGAGUGGCUGAAGCUGAAGCCAAGUCGUUCAGACCCUCAUUUGCCAGAGGAGAGGCCAACCAGUGAUACAUCCUCUCUCCCGCCUUCGAGCAAUGAAUCUCGCGGACGACCUCGGAAGUUAGUUCGCAAACUCUUUGGCAAGGUGACCAAACCCUUUGCUCCAAGCGCUCGACAGUCUUCCAACCCUGAACCUACGGGUGCGAGUUCCAGCGCGGAUAUCCAACCUGUACCGGUACAGUCAAUUGAGAAUCCUUCGCCACUCAUUGUUGCCACUCCCGAACUGAAUAUUGAGCAAUCAUCCAAUCCAGGCAUCGUAAAGGCUGGACAACCCGACCAGAAGUUUGUGAAUGAAAGAAUCACCGAUGCCACUGAUGUUUUUGCAGGCAUCGGCCAUGUCACAACAAUUGCCCAACAUACAUCUUCAGCGGCCAACAACUUACAGUCUGUUUCCGAUACGGUUGACACAUUCUCCGCGUUGCUUGGACCCUUGAAGGUUUUCAACUCCAUUGUAAUGGCAUUGCCGAUGUCCAUCCCUACGCGAAGGUGGCGUUGAGCAUCUUCACUUGCACGUCCAAGAUGAUUCUCGAUCAGGCAGACCGCGAUGACACUGUCUCCCGUCUGCUCUCAAAGAUCUCUGAAGUCUACAUCUUCAUCACGGAAGAGGAGGAAUUGCGCAAGUUGCAAUCCAU